UCUCCCACAUCAAGACCUCACGAAGCCUCCACAUCAUGUGCCACAUCCCAGUCUUCUGCUGGAUCACUGCUACAGUUCUGGAGGAUGUGUUGAAGACCAGAGAGGGAGGAUAGCUGCCCAAGACCCUGACUGAGUUGUACAUCCACUUCCUGGUGGUUCAGUCCAAACUGAAGAACAUCAAGUAUGAUGGAGGAGCUGAGACAGAUCCACACUGGAGUCCAGAGAGCAGAAAGAUGACUGAGUCCCUGGGAAAACUGGCUUUUGAUCAGCUGCAGAAAGGAAACCUGAUCUUCUACGAAUCCGACCUGACAGAGUGUGGCAUUGAUAUCAGAGCAGCCUCAGUGUACUCAGGAGUGUUCACACAGAUCUUUAGAGAGGAGAGAGGACUGUACCAGGACAAGGUGUUCUGCUUCAUCCAUCUGAGUGUUCAGGAGUUUCUGGCUGCUCUUCAUGUCCAUCUGACCUUCAUCAACUCUGGUGUUGAUCUGCUGUCAGAAGAACAAACAACCUCCCAAGUCUUCAGAGACAAACCUGAACUAACACAUCUCUACCAGAGUGCUGUGGACAAGGCCUUACAGAGUCCAAAUGAACACCUGGACUUGUUCCUCCGCUUCCUCCUGGGUCUUUCACUGCAGACCAAUCAGACUCUCCUAUGAGGUCUGCUGACACAGACAGGAAGUAGCUCACAGACCAAUCAGGAAACAGUCCAGUACAUCAAGACGAAGAUCGCCCAGGAUCUCUCUCCAGA